UCCCUCCACGGCUGUCGGUCCAUGGGCUGCUCACGCGAUUGAGCAAAGUUUUUGGGAGCUCGGGGGAUUUGAUAGACCCUCUGUCCGGACCCAUCCUCUGUCCAGCGCUCGUGCUCUCGGCCAUAGAGUUAAUGACGGUUGCUGACGACGACACGUUAGCGCUCAUCAUGCCUGUCCGAGCAGAGUGCCUCGGUACCACCGGCUCGGCCUGCUCAUCCUCGGCCUCGCUUGUUCCCCCUGCCCCGAUCAACACCCUCCAGCCGGGGGUGGCCACCUCGCUGUUGUACAGCGGCUCACAGUUUCGGGGUUAUCAGAAGAGCAAAGGCAACUCCUACGACGUGGAGGUUGUUUUACAGCAUGUGACUGUGGCAGACUCGUAUUUGUGCGGCUACCUGAAGAUCAAAGGUUUGACUGAGGAGUAUCCGACUCUCACAACAUUCUUUGCUGGUGAAAUUAUCAGUCGAAAAAGGCCUUUUUUAACCAGGAAGUGGGACGCAGAUGAGGACGUGGACCGAAAGCACUGGGGAAAGUUCCAGCCUUUUUACAAAUAUGCCAAAAGCUUCAACUCGGACGACUUUGACUACGAAAUGCUGGACAACAGUGAUUAUGUCUUCAUGAGGUGGAAGGAGCAGUUUUUAGUCCCCGACCACACAAUCAAAGACAUUAGUGGUGCCUCCUUCGCUGGCUUCUAUUACAUCUGUUUCCAGAAGUCCACCGCCACUAUUGAGGGUUACUAUUACCAUCGGAGCUCAGAAUGGUACCAGUCUUUAAACCUAAACCACAUUCGAGAGCACAGUAUUCCUAUUUAUGAGUUUCGUUGACAAACGGACACGCGAGUACCGAGUCGAGGAGGGGACAGUUCAUACGGCUCUGUGGUGCAGCGGGACGGGAACAGCGGAGAGUCUUUUAGUGCCGAGAUCGGAGCGGACCCGGUUCCCUUCCUGCAGGGACAUCAAACGUGGUCAUACUCUCCUGUGGUGGACUGACGGGACGGAGGCACCGAGAAGGACGAGCUGAGAGGAAGUCAAAGAUCAGUGGAGGAUGGUUGGUUCUUGCAGUCACUGGAGAGCCUCAUGUUUACCUCAGAUUUCAUUUUUAAUUCUAUUUUGGUCUGUUUUUAAUUCGUGCCACCCGAUCUCUUUGCACUCGCAAAGGAUCUGUCUUCAUGUUGUCGGACAUCGAAAUAUUUUCCUGGUUUCCUUCAGUGGAGAAACACAAUUGCCUUUCAGCGAAGAGAGUUGCAAAAGAAACGCGUAUAAAGGGUGUGCGUUUGUUCACUAAAGCUUAAUUUACAUCAUCUAACAUCACUCUGACACGCCCGUAGUGUUUAAUGCAGAGUCUGAUGGUUGUGGGGUUUUUUGUGCCAAACGGUUGCAGAAAGUAGCAAUGAUGAGCAGAGGUCUACUUUUUAUGCAAGUUGUGGAUCUGGCGUUCAGGGAUGGCGUUUAUGGGCAAUACGUGUUGAAACCAACAGCUGAAUGUGAGCGUAGGAUUACAGCGACGAUGACCUCCAAACUGGUGGUUUGUAGCCAACAACCAAUCGUUUCCAAGCUGCUGCUUUUUCAAAAGCAACUCGAAGUCUUCGAAUGGCUUCAUGUCAAAGUUUCUCUAUGCAAGCCAAAGGUCACACAUGGGUCGGCUUUCUAAGAGCCCAUGACUGUUUUACGUUUCCAGGUGAUCUAUCUUCCUUUAAUUAUUUUCUAGCGGAAACGUCCGAGUAAAACUGCAUAAGAAAAACAAGCUAAAAUAGAUUUACUAACAGUUACCAGCAAUUGAAGCUCAGACAUGUGACGGUACAUUCCAACUCCAUUAGUUAAAAAGAACAUUUAAAAAAAAUUGUAUCUUUAAUAGGUGUCGGCAAAUGGGGCACAUGUGGAGUUAGACUGUCUGGAGAUUUUAAGCUGUGACAACAAAACAAUGCUAUGAUUUGGAUGUUAAUUUUAAAUAAAUUUAGUUUCAGUCUGGUCACAUUCGUCCUUUUAAUAUUCUUUCCAUCUUCAGAAGCGGUUAAACGUGGCUGAUUGAGGAAGGCACAACAGUUGAGCGUUAGAAAAAAAGCUCCGCGCAACUUGCCCGUCUACAAUGUGUCGCUGUUUGGUCAUCAGUGAAACAUAUUCUGUCAAAAAAGCACUUUUUGUGACUCGUGGAGGAAAAAGUCUAAAGUAGGAAGAUUAUAACCUCCUUUGAUACUUAAGGGUGGAGAAAAAACCUGCUGCCUUAAAAUUUUAAAUGUCCUUAAAUAUUUUGGUUUAAAUCCUGAAAGCUUAUUUCCGUGUUUGAGAAGUUAAAAUCAUUGUGGAAGGUGUUUGUGUCCCAGCUGUGUGUUGGAGCGCAUGUCCUCCGCCUGCCUCUGUUGCUUUUAGGCUUUCAGCUGCUGCAUGACUAGGGGAUUUGAUGGGCUGUGGGAAUAAUCCUUUAAUUUUGUAUUUUUAAGUAUGUGGAUUGAAAAUGUUGCAAUCCGAUUGAGAAAAAAAAUUACGUUUUUUGUUUUUUAAUCAAUCAUAUAACAGAAUGAAAAUGAGCAAUGUAAGAAACAGAUGUUUAUUUGUGAGUGUUAUUAUACAAGUCUUGCCUGAAUACACUUAAUUUAAAGAAGAUGUAUGAUUAAAUCAGCCUCAUUGGGUGAGGAGAAAUAAAGAGUGAAUUGUUUCAUA